AUGGUCACUCUGGAUGGGCAUGACAUACGCUCUCUGAAUAUCCAGUGGCUGCGCUCCCUCAUUGGUAUUGUAGAGCAAGAACCUGUUUUAUUUGCAACAACUAUUGCAGAAAACAUACGCUAUGGUAAAGAUAGUGCAACUAUGGAAGAUAUCAUCAAAGCAGCCAAGGAAGCAAAUGCCUACAACUUCAUUAUGGAUCUACCUCAGGUAUUUUUGCUUCUAAAGCCUGUCUAA